AUGCAUGGGAGAGAAAUUCUCGGAUCUUCACAGGCGUCUCAUCAUCACCAGACAUCAUUCGCUCAUCGGAGGAUCGGCUGGUGCGAGAUAGGCUACUACUUUCACUUCUCUGAAUCUUCAUCAGCUUUCGCUUUUGGACUUCUACUUCUCCUCCUGCUUCAUGCCUCCCUCAUCUCGCUCAGCAGAGCCGAAGCCGCCAUGAUCAGGACUCUAGGGUUCUCUAACUACAGUGUUUCCGCCAUGAAAAACCAGCGGCCAAACGUCUCGGAGACGGAGGAUCUUCUUGCCGUUUUCCAACGCAAUACGCGAUCAAAAACCUCAACCGAUGGUGGAGAAUACUCAGAACCGAUUCCGGUUGAUCUACUUGUCGAUAUAUUUUUGAGACUGCCAUUGAAAUCUAUAGCAACAAGUCGCUGCGUGUCGAAGCUCUGGGCUUCCGUUCUUCGUCUCCCCUAUUUCACGGAGCUGUUCUUGACUAGACCUUGUGCUCUCCCGCGUCUAUUGUUCUCCUGCCUGAAAGACCGCCAUGUGCACUUCUUUUCUUCACCUGAACCUCAAUGUCUUGAUAAGUUCUCGUCUCCUUUAACCGCCACUUAUCUUAUGAAAAUUCCGUAUACCUCUUUACGUGAAAGAAUAAUUCGUUGUAUCAGAGGCUUGGUCUUUUUUAUAGAUGAGCGGAAUGUGAAUGGAAAGAAGCAUCAGGUGUCGGUGAUAUGUAACCCUAGUACUAGACAAACCUUGACCUUACCCAAAGUGAAGUCGAGGAGGAGGAUUGGAGUGAGGAGCUAUUUCGGGUAUGAUCCCAUCGACAAACAGCACAAAGUAUUGGCCAUGACCUGGAAGUUUUGUGGAUAUCCAUGGUCGGUCUCUGAGGAGCAUCAAGUUCUGACGUUGGGAACAAACAAACCUUCCUGGAAAAAGAUCGAAUGUUGCAUACCCCAUUCUCCUCUCUAUGAAUAUCAUAAUAUAUGCAUCAAUGGUGUUCUGUAUUAUCAAGCGGUCAAUAAGUCUUCGGGGGAAUUCAUAAUCGUUUGCUUUGAUGUUAAGUCGGAGAAGUUCAGUUUUGUUAAAGACACAGACGCCAAAUAUGGUUGUGGGGCUCUGAUAAACUAUAAAGGUAAAUUAGGUUCACUUCUUUUUCGAAGAUGCCGAAAAGAUGCCGAUUAUGGAAGUAUUAAGUUGCGGCUUCUAGAAGAUGCCGAAAAGCAUGAAUGGUCGGAGCAUAUAUUCGUAUUGCCUGCUUCUUGGCAGAAUAUAUUUCAAGACACACGGUUACACGUUGUUAAAGUGACUCAGACAAAUGAAAUCGUGUUGGCCAGAUCGUCCUGCGACGUUUUGUACUACAAUACCGAGACAAACACAAUCAGAAAAGUUGCAAUCCAUGGAAUGGAGGAGGCAUUUAAGAACGAUACUGGUAUCGUUUACGCUUCUGGAGACCAUGUAGAGGAUGUGAAGCUUAUAUAA